AUGAUCGCCUGUGCAGCAGCAUGGCAAAUUUUGGUGCUGGUCAUACUUACUGUUCUUCUUGAACGUGUUGAACUGCUGCUGAGAAUUAUUGCAAGCAUUCCUGUUCUACUCACCGUCUUUUUUUACUUGUUCAAAAACGAGAAUGUCAAAGCAAAACAUAAAAAAAUAUUUUUCACUGGGCUCAAGGUGGGUGGGCACCGCGGAUCUCCGAAAGAAGCACCAGAAAAUUCUAUUGCGGGCUUCAAGAAGGCGAAGGAAGCUAAAUGUACGUUCGUCGAAUUUGAUAUCCAUUUAUCAUCUGACUUCGUGCCAGUGUUGAUGCACGAUAAUACCACUGGACGUACUUCCCGCAGAGAAGCAGUUGUUUCUGAAACAUCAUUGCAGCACAUAAAAGACAUUUCUCUUAAAUCAGUGAGAGGUGUUAAAGACCAUAUACCAACUCUUUUUGAAGCUGUUGAAUGGUGUCGGGAAAAUAAAAUGCGCAUGAUUUUCGACGUCAAGGAUGCUAAUAAAAAGAUGAUGGAAUCUCUCACAAAACUUAUUAAGACGAAAAAUUUGUACGACAUUGUAAUUGUUUCAAGCUUUAAUGCUAAAGUUCCUUACAUUAUUAAGAAAAUAGAUAAGAAUAUACUAACCGGUUUUACACACCGUUCGGGAUACAUGAGUUAUGAGGACGAUUCACGGAGCACACGUUUUCAUACGACUAUUUAUUUCUUUUUCUAUAGGAUUGUGGACGAUUUAAUUGAAUUAGGCAUUAGAUCGUUCCUUUUACCGCUAUUUUUGGGAGUCGAUAUGCUUCUUCUGCACCAUAACAAUAUCAAUGGCUAUCUUGUUGAAGAUUCACGGUUGUAUGGAAUUCAAGUACUUGCUUGGACAGUGAAUGAUAAAAUUACUGCAGAUUUCUUGCAUUCGAUCAAUGUUCCAUUCCUCACGGAUUUUCCACAUCUUAUUACUUGA